AUGAAUAACACAAGUAAUACUUCUAUAAAAAGUGAAAACAAAAAUGAAUCAAUUAUUGAUAAAAAAGAUUCAAUGAAAUGUAUUGAAUGUGGGUGUGAUAUUGAUAAUACUUAUGAAAUAUUUUGUGGUCAAUUUAUAAGACUUUUAAGAUGUCCAAAAUGUGGUAAAGUAGCUGACAAAUAUAUAGAAUAUGAUAAUGUACUAGUAUUUCUUGAUAUGCUUUUACAAAAACGACCAGUAUAUAGACAUUUAUUAUUUAAUCAUGAUGAAUCAAUAAAUGGAUUUUUUAUAAAAUUAUUUUUUGGCUCAUUGUUAUUAGAAUCAUAUAUUCGUCAAAUGACAACAUCAACACCAUCAAUUUAUUCAUUUAUUUGGAAUGGAAUUCAAAUAGUAAUAGAAGAUAUAUUUUUCUUAGCAAUGUUUAUUAUUCCAUUUAGUUUUUAUAAAAGAAUUAGUUUUAAAGAUUCAUGUAAUUUAGUUGCUCAAUCAUAUCUUAUUGGAUCAUUGGGAAAAGUAUUUCUUUGUUUAGUUUUAAUGUGGACAAAUUCAUUACCUAUUUAUUUAUUUUCUAUAACAAUGGCAAAUUUAACUUUUAUUGCAUGUAUGAGUGUUGUAUUUGAAAUAUCUACAUGGAAAAUGUUAAUUAUUGGUUUUGUAAUUGGAACAAUAUACACUAUUAUUACAUCUCAAUUCUUCCCUUUAACUCCAUUAACAUAUUAUAUUAAAAAUAAAAGGUUAUUAGAUUUAUUAAUUGGAGAUCUUUAUACUUUUUAA